AAUGGGUGUGACUCACAGAGAGAAGUAGAGAAGACUUCACAUACACAGGUCGCAGAUCUCCCUGGACACCUUGAGAGGAUCAGCUUGCUGAGGGCGGGCAGCACUUCCUUCCCCUGGGCAAGUCAGGAAGGUGAAAAGCAGCUGUCCAAGUCACCAGCGGCUUCUGCAUCCCCAGUCAUCUUCAGUGAGGACUCCAUCUUUUAUUGUGCAUGAAAGAAGCGUCCCUAUCACGUACAGGAGAAAGAAAAUGUUGUUGUUGUUGUUUUGGGUGUCGGCCCUCCUGGUCCUCUGUGCUUUUCUGUGGAAUUACAAAGGACAACUGAAGAUAGCAGACAUCACUGACAAGUACGUCUUUAUCACUGGAUGUGACACAGGCUUUGGAAACUUAGCAGCCAGAACUUUUGAUAAAAAGGGGUUCCGUGUCAUUGCUGCCUGCCUGACUGAGUCAGGAUCGACCGCUUUGAAGGCCACAGCGUCAGAAAGACUUCACACAGUGCUUCUGGAUGUCACCAACCCAGAGAAUGUUAAGAAGACUGCCCAGUGGGUGAAGAGCCAUGUAGGGGAAAAAGGUCUCUGGGGACUGAUCAAUAAUGCUGGUGUCCUUGGAGUGCUGGCUCCCACUGACUGGCUGACAGUGAACGACUACAGAGAACCCAUUGAAGUGAACCUGUUUGGACUCAUCGACGUGACACUGAAUAUGCUUCCACUGGUCAAAAAAGCUCGAGGGCGUGUUAUCAAUGUCUCCAGCAUUGGAGGCAGGCUUGCAUUCGGCGGAGGGGGCUACACUCCAUCCAAAUAUGCGGUGGAAGGUUUCAAUGACAGCUUAAGGCGGGACAUGAAAGCUUUUGGUGUGCAUGUCUCAUGUAUUGAACCAGGACUGUUCAAAACACAACUGGCAGAUCCAAUCAAGACAACUGAAAAAAAACUAGCCGUUUGGAAACACCUGUCUCCAGACAUCAAGCAACAAUAUGGAGAAGGCUACAUUGAAAAAAGUCUACACAAACUGAAAAGUAAUACAUCCUUUGUGAACUUGGACCUCUCUCUAGUGGUAGAGUGCAUGGACCACGCUCUAACAAGUGUCUUCCCCAAGACUCGCUAUACUGCUGGAAAAGACGCCAAGACAUUUUGGAUACCUCUGUCUCACAUGCCAGCAUUUUUACAAGACUUUUUAUUGCUGAAACAGAAAGUAGAGCUGGCAAAUCCCAAAGCAGUGUGACUCAAUGGACUACAAAUGCCUGCCCCAAGUCUUGGGGUUGGCUGAUUUCAAAGACUUACCAUUUCAAUCUCGGUCUUUACCAGACCCAACGUGGACUCAUUUUGACCAUGCUUCUGUGUAUAAAAGAGGGAGUCCCAUGGUCCCUUAACAAGGUCAGAGAAGACCUAUCAUAUAUGCCAUUCUUGCCUGAUACUGAAGCCUUGGUAGGAUGAAAGGGAAACUGAAAGACUUCUCAAUCCAAAAUAUGUGUGCUGCUACCUGGCCCUUGCUGUUUCAGUAAUCCAGAAUGUUAAGAGUUGUCUUUUAUCAAAACACUGAGAGAUAAGAAGUCUUUCGUAAGUGGGCCUGAUGGCUCUGGUAGCUCACAGAGGAGAAGGCUCAGGCUGGAACUCACUAGGUUCUGAUAAACUUUGACAGGAACAAGAAAGUGAUAAAGCACACUGUCACACAGAGCACUGGUAUGAAGUGAGAGGCGGUGAGAAACAGACAGAAGAAAUGCAAAUAGAAGGACAGAAACAACAGGGAAGGCAAUGAGAGGCAGGGACUGCAACACAAGCUCCAUACUCCAGAGGGACACAGAGGAGGCACUACAGUGACUACUGGGACCACCAUCAUCCCAGUUGGUCCUAGUCCUGGAGGCACUUCACAUCUGGCUUCAUCUGUUUCAGUCAGCCACAUCACGCCAGAAGUUCACCAGCUCUGUUGGCCACAGCCACUCCUCAUUUCAACAGCCAGGCUCCAUUUCACAGCUUCAGACUCUGUCUGGCUUGGUGUCCUUUGACUUUCCAGAUGUCCCAAGGCUGCCAAGAUCUUCGGAAUCUGAAGGAAACUCCUUUGCUGAUCUUCCCACCAUACUAGUCUAAUUGCUCAACCUUCCAAGUCUGUCUUCGUUUUGCCUUUUCCUGAGAUCAUUUUGAUUUUUCUUAUUCUUUUAAGUAGCUACAAUUUGCUGCGUCUUCCAACCAAAAACUAAGUGGCAUUCAGUCUCCCGUUAAGAUCAAGCUUGCCGACUGCAUUAACCGUGUUAGCAGUGUGCCAGCUACUCUUCUGCAAUGCUUUUGAGUACUUCCUCCUUAGCUGUAGCUCUGCCAUCAGCUUCCCCUCAGAGAAGGCUCAAUAGACCAUGGUGGUUACACUUCACCUGUUGAUUCAGAGAUACUGUGAAGGAGCCUGCUGCCAUAAUAAGCCAUCCUGAGCCCAGGGGUCACCAAACAAGUCGAAUGAGUGUCAAAAACAAAUUACUUAUUUCUGUGGCUGAAAGCAGGGCAUGUCUAAACUGUCCAGAGUAAAGAAAAUCUCUUCCAUUUAAAAUGUCUUCAAGAACCCUAAAACAUCUGUGGGCAGCUCAGCCUAGUGUAUGAUAAGGAAAAUUCCCAGGAAGAUUCUAAGAAAAAUGCUCAAAUUUCACCCUUCUUUGUGGUAUUAGUCCUAACAGUUUUUGGUGGUAUAUGAUAUCUCGAAGAUUCAUUUACUGAUGUGGAGGAAAUAGCCAGACAUUCUCGAAAUGAAAAAAAAAAAACAAAACAAAACAAAAAAACCUCUGGUAUCUACAAGUGAUUUAUACCAAUUUUAAUCUAAGUGACCACCUCCUAUAUUCUUGCAUGCCAAACAAGACAAUUCUGAUUUGUUUUGUUUUGUUUAACUUAUUUUUAUUUUAUGUGCAUGGGUGUUUUGCAUGGGUGCUAGCUCCCCUAGAACUGGAGUUUACAGACAAUUGUGAGCUGCCAUGUGGGUGCUGGGAUUGAACUCCCGUCCUCCAGAAGAGCAGUCAGUACUCUUAACCACUGAGCCAUCUCCAGUCCAACAAUUCUGAUAGUUAAAUUUUUCCUUAACCCCACGGUUAUUUUUACCCUUCUUUUUGUUACUGGGAGUCAAAUAUCCAGGCUCUGACACAAGAGCCCAUUGAAUACCACUGAGCUACACCACACUCCAGCCUUUAAUUUAUUUUUCAAAAAGAAAAUGUUUAUAGUUCCCACCAUACUUUCUGAAGCAUUGUACUAACCAAAGCACUCCUGCCAGCUGCUUAACAAUUUCCAAGCUCUCUUGUUAGUACACUUUCCAGAGAAAGAUCCAGAUCCACAGUCCAACUGUGUGCCUAGAAAUAGGAUAUAACCUGAAAUAGGUCAAGCAAGGACAACCCAACCCUCUGUCGUUCUCUGUAGUCAGUAACUUCCCUAAAGUGACCUACUUCACUUCCGUUAGAGAAAUUUAAUCCCAGCACUCAGGAGGCAGAGGCAGGCAGAUCUCUGUGAGUUCGAGGCCACCCUGGUCUCCAGAUCAAGUGCCAGGAUAGGCUCCAAAGCUACACAGAGAAACCCUGUCUCAGAAAAAAAAAAAAAAAAAAAAAAAAAGGAUUCCACUAUGGAUUUGUAGCCUACAUUGUAGACAACAGCCAUCUAAUCAUCCACAGGGAAAAGUUUACUCUCAGUCUUUGGUCUGGUUUUCCUCCUCCAUGGCAGUUAUAACUUGAGUAUAUAUGAACCAAAAUGGCGGAACCUGGGUUAUGAAACAGACAAUGCAGAAAAGAGCCUUCCCACUAGAGUAAUUAGAAAAGUAAUCCAGUUGGUGAUUUAGUGGAUGCUCUGUGUGUUUCAGAGUCUUAGUGCAGUUGCUAUGUGUUCCAGGAACAGUUUAAUCUAAACCUCACCAUGUCUCAGUCAGUUGUGCAUUUUAGACAUGGGGAAAUGAAAUCAUAGCCGACUGGGUGAUUUUCUGUAUUUUAGAGUGCUAGUCAUCUUGGGUCAGGACUCACCCAGACAGCCUCAUUUGAAAGACCAUGUGAUAUAGUAUAUAAUAAAGAAUCCAAGGCUUGCAGUCUUCAUAAACACUGAUUCUGACUGCACAAAAAUGAAACCUUCAUUAAAGUCUAACAUUAGUCUUGCCUACUCAGUAAUGAUCGUAAGUACAAGUGGCACAUAGUUUUGAGAAAUGUAAAGAUACACUCAUUUUUGUUUUUAUAAAUUCUACUUUUAUUUUUUCUCACUUAUGAUAAAAUACCAUGAGCAUUUAUACAAAGUAUCUCCCAUCUUAGGGGGUUUUGAAAUUUCUGAAUUUCUUUUACCUGUUUCUCUUUUCUUCGUUGUUAUUGUUGAUUUUGUCCACAUGUUGUUACCUGCUUAAGGAAUUUAUUUGUGAUCACUUUUCAUUAAUCUCAAUAAUGAGCUUUGGUAACCUCUCCUCACCCAUCUAAAAAGUCUUUAACUUUUAAAAUCAGACAAAAAGAUAAACACCAAAGAUUAGCAUAUUAGCAAAAAAUAAUAAUAAAAAUGAGCAUACAAAUACCAAGUUUCUUAUUGCUGUUUUCUUUUGUUUUUGCUUUUGCUUUGAAUAAAAACUUGGUGGACUGUCCUGGUCCCUGUGGCUAGAGACAACCUAGGAACUCUAGAACAGACAUCUCCAGAAUGAGCUAAGAGCCUCAAGCACUACCACACUGCAAUCUAAGAAAAUGCCAGGCUCUUACUGAACCUUAUACUUUGAUGGGAAGAGACCAAGUAACCCAGUGUCUGUCUCUGGAACGUGUCCUGGGGAACAUUCUCAGUGUCACACACUUCAGCCCCCACGCUACUGAAGAAUGAAAGGCCACCACUUUGUAAUUACCUUGCCAACUAGCUCCAGCUGCUAGAACACUUUUAUUAUUUUUGAGUUAAGUCUUUUGGGGGAGAGGAAAGAAAGGGCACCCACUCCUGCUUCCAUCAUCAUAAUAAGGGUUUCCAUUAACUUUCCAGACGAACCCAAGCCAAGCCCCAGCCCAGAAUGGUAUCCAUGUGUUUUCUAUAAAUUCUGGCUUUUACCCAGAAGAUGCAUUUAGCAUUCUCUUUUACAAAUUAGAAACCUAAUAUCCAGUCUUCCAUCUAUAAUAAUCUAAGAUCCCUAAAUUCUCCAUCCUUGAAGUGCUGUCUGAGAAAAAAGAAAGAAAGGGAGAAGGAAGAAAGAAGAGCUACCUAUCACACAAUGAAUUUUAAACUCAGUGCUUCCUUUGAAUUCUUUCUGGCAUUCCAGAGCCACCGUAGAUUAGCAAUUUUCAAACUCUGAGUACUGAAAAUUAUGUAAGACAAGCCUCUUGGCUAAUGACUCCAAAUAUUUUCUCCAUUCCAUGUAACUGUUCUCUUUUUUUUUUUCACAUCUCUGUGUGGGGUGGGGAAAGAGAGAGAAAGAAGAGAGAGAGAGAGAGGGCUGUGUGGUGAUCAGAAUAUAACUUGUGGGAGUCAAUUUUCUCCUUCCACUAUGUGACUCCAAGAUUUCCACUGGGUAGAACUCAAGUAGUGAGGCUUAGCAGCAAUUGCCAUUACCCGAGGAGUCAUCCAGUAGACCCCACGCCCUGGGACUCUAAGAGGAUGGUAGAGAAAGGUGAGCAAGUGCUUCUCUUUCUUCCUGCUCUCCAACCCCUACUGCAAGAAUCCGUGUAAGAAACUCGGAUUCUCUUCAUUAGCAUCAAUACAAACUGUCAUUUUCAUGUUUCACAAAUUGCCUUCAAAAAACUAAGUAAAAUUUUUCUGGUCAGAUCCUUAGCCUCCAAGCCCUCAACUGUUAUUUAGAACUUGUCUCUCCUCCCUCCAGGCCCCUCUUUCACCUCCACACUGGGAAGGGAUCGGGUCUGAGGGGAACCUUCCAUCCAUGGCCCCACUGGAGACAGAAACAGGUUGUGUUGACACAGAAGGUGAUAUGAGGACAUAGAAUCUGGAAAAAACAGUUCUGUAAGUUCAAACCACAGAAGACCUCGAUAAAGGUACAGAUUUAUCUGUGUGUUCUGUGCAAGAGGCAGCUCAAAACGAGUCAAUAGUGAUGUAAUCAUGUGAUAUAACCAUCCCUCUACCUCCAUAAGGAAAAAAAAAAACAUGAAUGAUACCCUGAUCUUGGCUAAAUUUGUUCAAAAUUUCAUCUUGUGUAAUCAUCAUAGGUGCUACUAUUUACAUAAAAGCAUUUCAUACAUAUAUUACACAUUGAGCAUAGAUCCCACACCCUCUGCUCUCUCUUUCUCAUCCUCCCCACCCCUGUUUGUCCCUAGACAGUUUCAAGUCCACUUUUAUGUCAUUUAUACAGAUAAGAUACAGAUAUGUAUGUGUACAAAAUCCAGGACUCAAAUGAAAAAAAAAAGAUAUUUGUCUUUUUGAAACUGGCUUAUUUAGGUAAGUAUAAUUAUCUCUGGUUGCAUAAGCUUUUCCGAAAAUAAUGUUCUUCUUUAUGGCUGAAAAGCAAUUCCUUUUGUUUAGGCUACAAUAUUUUGUUUAUCCAUUCAUCUCUGUUGCUGGAUAUGUAGUUUGGCUCUGUAACUUAGCUACUAUGACUGGCGACACAAGAAACAAUAAUAAGUAUACAUCUCUGUGGCUUGACGUCUUCUGGAAAAAUACCCAGCAGUUGUAUAGUAGGGUCACAUGGCAAUCUAUUUUCAAUUUUUUAAUAAAGUGGACUAGUUUACAUCCCACCAGCAGUAUAUACGAUAAAAAUUUGCUUUGAUCCAUAUUCUCACCAGCAUUUUUUUUCUUAAUGUCUGCUUGGCCUAAAAUUUAAAUAAAUAACAUACAGAAGAAGGUU